AUGGCGGUGGUGUGUGUAGUAAGGGGUGUAGGGGUGUGGAAAAAGAGGUAGAGGAGAGCAGAAAAUUUUUUGUUCAUUUCCAGCAAUAACCGCUAGGUGCGUGAUUGCACAAUUCUCAAUGUGCCGUCAAAUUUAUUUCCGUCAAUUUACCUGACCAAAUUGUGAAUCGCUUGUUGGGCUCUCACGUCGGUGAUUCUUAUUUAAAAUCGGAAUUUGUCAGAAAUCGAUUAAUUAAAAAUAUAAAAAAUAAAAAACAAUGUAAAAUAUUCCGAUUUUUUUAAGAAAUUUCAGAAUAUAUUGUACAAAUUGAUAAUUGAUCUAAUUAAUUGUUUCAAAAAUCGGCGGAAUGCUGCUGCAUGAGCAAGAAUCUGCAUUCUCGACUUGACAGGGUUCGAUAUCUGUCGAAUGCAGCGCUACCAAGAAGUGGUGUAAAACAGUAACAGAACUAGAAAUGAGUAGGAAAAUCUUGAUGGAUUCAGAGUUUUUGUGGUUUUUGCCUAUCAGCCAGCAGGGUUAGCUCUUUUGCUCUUUUUUUAUUCAGUUUCUACGGGUGUAGCUUUACGAAUGGUUGUCAGAGCGUAAAAAAAUAAGGAUGUCUAUAGCGAGUAUAAAAAUAUUAAUUUGUUCUAUAAUAAUAUGUACAGUAAUAAAAAUAUGUGCAAGCGAAGACGUUUUGGGAUGCGAUGGUUUUAUUAAAAGUCAUACUAACAUCGAUUACACGAAAAUUCUCAUAAAACUUUAUACAAAAGCUGGAAUUCUGAAGGAUGAAACGGAGUGUGCACCCAAUGGAUAUUAUUUUCUACCCUUGUACGACAAGGGAGAAUACAAUCUUAAGGUUGAACCUCCGCCAGGCUGGAGUUUUGAACCGACAGAAAUACCAUUAAUUAUCGAUGGUACGACUGGUGUAUGCAGUCAGGACAAAGAAAUCAAUUUUACAUUCAAGGGCUUUGGAAUUGCUGGCAAAGUAACGAGCAGUGGAUCUAAUGCGGGACCCAAGGGGGUUACAGUCUCGCUCUUCAAGCAUAGCGAUAGGAACAAUGCUGUAGGAACAACUACUACCGAUGUUGGAGGAACUUUUUACUUUACACCCAUUCAGCCAGGAAAAUAUGUGCUGGAUGCCUCACAUUCGUCUUGGGUCUUCGAAAAAAGCAGGGUCGAGGUAGAGGUACUCGAAGGAAAUACAGAACUGCCUGACAACGUUCUCGUAGUAUUCGGUUACGAUGUUCGUGGUCGUAUUAUGAACGAAGUUGGGCCCGUCGAGGGCGUGACUUUUAUUCUCUUUGGGUCCGGAAAAGCGAAAAAUUGCGAUACAACGAGUAUCGAAGGUUUCGAAAAGGAGAAACCAUUGUGUCACGUGACUUCCCGUGGAAAUGGUCGAUUCGUUUUUCCUGCUUUGACGAAUGGCGAUUAUCGGAUAAUCCCUUAUUACGCUAGUGCUCGAACAAAGUUCGAUAUUCAGCCAACCGAACUCACGUUCAAAAUCAACCACAACAGCUUAAAAUUGUCGCAAGAGUUCGAAGUCACGGGUUUUACUGUCAGCGGGAGUGUACUCACUUCUCCCGGAGGCUCUCCGCUCGAGGGUGCCAAAGUAUUUAUUUCUGGACGCCAGGUCGCAGUCACUGAUCAAAAUGGUAUUUACACACUAGAAAAAAUGACGAGCGGACAAUACACCAUCAAAAUCGAAGCUCCGGACGUUCGCUUCGACGACACAAUUGGUAAAGUUUUCCUUAGCUCUCCUGAACUCCCUGCUAUCUGGCCAUCAUCCUUCAAAGUUUGCGGGACUGUCACACUCUCUGCAAAAGGAACUCUUCACCAUCGUAAAAUUGCUGUUGAUAAAACUGCCUCGACUUUUCAUCAAGAAAUCGAAACUGACCCCAAAACCGGACAGUAUUGCCUUUAUCUCGGACCUGGAAAAUAUCAACUCGGCGUCAUUGUUACCAAUGAAGAAAAAGCUAAAGGGCUGCAAUUUUUCCCUCUUCAGCAGACCAUCGACGUCUCCUCGAAACCAAUCAACGAUAUAAAUUUCUCGCAACUGAAAGCGAUUGUUCGAGGAUCUGUUCAGUGCUUGAAAAAUUCGGAUUGCAGUCAAGUGUCCGUAACGUUGAAAUUCCUUGAUGGCGUUACUGUUAAAACUUUACAAGCUAAAGCAGAUGGACGCUAUGAAUUCACGGACGUUUUACCUGGAUAUUACGAGGUGUUGAUCGACACGGAUGUCUUCUGUUGGAAAAAUGGUGUUCACCGAGUUUCCAUAACGUCCGAACGUGCCGAAGUUCCACCGUUCGAGCAAACCGGUUUUUCCGUGACGUUCAUAUCGUCCCACGCGACAGCAGUCGAAUACGUCGAGCCUGGAACGUCAAAGAAAAUGAGCUUAGAACUCCCAGUCGGUAGCACCAGACACUGCGUUUCCAAAUCUGGCAAAUAUAACUUCGUACCGAUCGGAUGUCAUAUUUAUAAAAAUUCCUACAACUGGGAUACACAUAAUCUUUCGCCUGUCAUUCUGUCUUCAACGAAACAUCAUCAUGAUGGAAAAAUUCUCAGCAGCGCUGCCCUCGAUGACGUCAAAAUCAAUAUCAAAACUGUAGACACGAACACGAUUAUUGGACCUUUGAAAUUCGUUAAAGACGGUGAUAUAUAUCGUUACGAUUUCAGUUUCAUCGCUAGUACCGACAUCGUUUACGAUAUUACACCAUUAUCUGAUAUUUUGUUGUUCGAUCCAACAAUUGCCAAAGUCGUUGGAAUUAAUGAUUGUGCCAACGAUGUCGCCAUCUUCAACGGCGAGUUGGGAAAGAUCGUAAGCGGAAAAAUAGUUCCAGUUUUAGAAGGAGUGACCAUUCGCAUAUUUGGCAAAGACAAAGAAGUGCCGGUUCAUACUCUCGCUACAGACAAAGACGGGGCUUACAGAGUGGGUCCCCUAGAUGGAAAAAUCGAAUACACUGUUGCCGCUGAGAAAGAAGGUUAUGUAAUCACUGGACCAGAUGCUAGCGGUGUAUUUCUCGCUCAUAAAUUAGCUGAGGUCAUCGUAAAAGUCGUCGAUGAAGCUGAUCAGAAGUCUCUUCAGGGCGUUUUGCUUUCGCUCUCAGGUGGACAAAGCUACAGGAAAAAUAGCGUCACCGGAGACGACGGCAAAUUGGUCUUCAACUCUUUGUCACCCGGUGAAUACUUCUUGAGACCUAUGAUGAAGGAGUAUCGUUUCGAACCACGCUUCAAGGUCAUCACCGUCGAAGAAGGUUUGACCGUCGAUGUGAAGCUUUCCGGAACGAGAGUCGCUUAUAGCGCGUACGGAUCAGUCACUUCCUUGAAUGGCGAACCCGAACGCGGCUUACUUGUCGAAGCCCAAGGACAAUCCGAUUGCUCCAAUCUUCAGGAAGAAGCCACUACCGAGGAUAACGGAUCUUUCAGAAUUCGAGGACUUCAACCGACCUGUAUCUACGCAAUUCGUUUGAAACCGGAGGCACAGGCGAAUGCGCAUAUCCAACGUGUGGCACCAUCAUCGAUAGCGAUACAACCAACGGCUGACGUCCAAGGUUUAAGAUUGAUCGCUUUCUACCCGAUUUCGCGGACGGAUUUAUCGAUCCACGUCGUAUCGACGCAGCCAGAGCAUUACAGAAAUCUGCGAGUAAAACUUUGUCGCGACGAUCAGCCGGAGUCGCCGAUUCACACAUACAAAUUGGAAUCUCACACGACGAAAACAGGAUCGAAUUACAAUUCGGGUUAUCUCAUACAUUUGCCACCUCUGCAAGCGAAUGGUAAAAAAUAUUUCGUCCAGUUGGAAUCAACGCUCUCGCAAUCGUUGUACAAGUACAAAACAGUGCCGAUUUAUUUUGAGGCGAACACAUCGUUCAAACAAAUCUCAUUGAAAUUCCACGCUGAGAGAAAAAUGGAUCAAAAUGAAAUGAGCCAGACUUCGAUAAUCGCGCUUCCUUUUAUAAUGCUCGUCGCCCUGGCGUUUUUGUACCGUGAUAAAUUGAUGUCCAGUUUGAACUCGCAGAUUGAACAAUGGUCAAAAACUAUCCCAGCACCUAGGGUUCCAGUUCCAGCCAUUCCGAUUGAUCCUCGCGCCGACGACAUUAUCGUCGAACAAAUAAUGAACAUCAAUAGGAGAAAAACUAAACCACGAAAAACUUAAAUCCCAUUUUUUCGCGAAAGAGUUAUCGAAAACGAAGAGAUUUUGGUGAAUUUGUGACACGCCCAAACUGUCAAGAUUAUUCCUCGUGCAACGUGGAACUUUGCUCGUCAAAACGAAAGACAAUUCAUGCAAUUAAGUGCCAGAAUUUAAGAAAUACUUUGUCAUAUAUCACGAUUCAGCACUUCCUCUCUAAUGUUAAGUAGCGAAGCGUGAGAUUUUUCAUCAUUGUACAUAAUAUGUAUAACAAAUGUUGUCUGAACACCAAACAAUCAAUAAUUAAGAUUUCAAACUGUUGAAAUAA